CGCCCCCCUAUAUUUACCCUCCUCGCGCGCGCACGACCGUACGCGACACGGCCCAGUCUUCGGACGUACGCCGAUGCCGACGCAGACGUCCAUGGAUGCCGCCAGGACGGUCGUCGUGACCGCCUACGAGGAGCUGCCGCGCCGCCGUUCCGGCAGCUACAGCGCGUCCUGGUCGACCGCUCGAGCCGGGGCGCGCGCGGCCGCAGGCGGCUCCAACCGCCGGGCGAUGCUGCUCGCGUACGCGCAGCACCUGCGGCGGCGCGGCGGGCAGAGGUCGUCGUCGUCGUUGUCCUUGGGGCCGCCGCGCGUGCUGGAGUGGGGCGAAUGGAAGCGGGCGGACGAUCGCGGCGCCGGCGCCCGCGACGACGACAAGCAGGUGGUGGCGGGGCGGAGGAGGGGUUGCUGCUCCAGGCUCCGGCUGCGGGCGCGGCUUUGGAUCAGGACGUUUUUCCGUCGCGUCAGGAGGAUCAGGGAGAACGCGUCGUGCAAGAAAGCAGAUUGAACGGGUUGCCCAUGCACGACAGUUCGACGAUACGAGGAGGAUGAGUUGGUUCGUCAUCGGCGAAUUAGCGCCUGCAUCUGCAUGUGUCCCGGAAUUUUCUGUCUGCUGCUGUGCUGAAUUCGUACGUGCAUCUCCACAUGAACGACAUGUAUACUACCAUAGCAAAAAUGCAGAUGGAUAGGGUAGGCCAGUGCUUGGGUAGUAACAUUUUAAAAUUUAGGCAUGAGUUGAAGGUUCUUGCUCACAAAUUGCUAUGGUACUUCUGUCUCUCUUGAAAGAGGCGUACGAUGGGAUCUGGAAGACUCUCGGGUUAAGACCUUCCCGAUUAAGAAGGUUAGGGACGUCUCAUCUCCGGUGCUCCGCCGGCAAGGCCAGUGGAUCUCCAUUGUCUCUGGUGGCUGCGGAGUGACGACGGGGACCAUUGAUCUUGGUGUUGGAUGCAAGGUUGGUUUUGGUAGUUGCUAACGACGGGGACCAUUGAUCUUGGUGUUGGAUGCAAGGUUGGUUUUGGUGGUUGCUAA